AUGACGCAUUCAACUCUUUGGCAUAAAUCAGUCAGGUUCUUUAAGAUGAUCAAACGCGGGGCAACUCUAGGACUUUUGCGUCAGUAUUCCAGGUAUGCAAAAAACGACCAAAUCUUCUUGCAUGAUGUUGCAGGAAGGUAUGCGGCAACACUUUCCAAAAACGCCACGGAUGUGCCCAUUGGAUUCUCGCCUUCGCUUGAAGUGAGCCCCUCAAACUUUGAAGGAAAUCCUAAGUUUUUAGAUUUGCUUCACGAUAGAAUCAAAACUGGUAUCCAGAAUGAUUUUACUUUCAUUAUGGAGGCUGGCACAAAUGCUCUGACCUACAUGCCCAUCUACGAUUUCAGAGAAAUUCCCAAGUACGCUCGCACGCCGAACGUAGAUGAUGUCUUUGGAUACGUUUUGGUAGAUGGAUCUGGAAAGAUUGUCCCCGACAGUUAUGAAAAGAACGACUUGUACCGGAUUUGUAAUGGAACUGGUCUCAUCAAGUUGAGUGAGUAUUUGCUCGAAGAGAUGAAAAAGGCAACUUCGGCGUAG